CCUGGACCUCGACACUGUUGCGUUCUCUUUGGAGCAGAGUCUAUUUCUUCCUCAGCGCUCACACCGUCAGCUUCUACCCUGCUGUUUCCGCAGAUUCUCAAGUUAUUUUUCUGUUGGGGGUUUCUAAUUGUUUUAUGGUUGGAAAAUGUACUCUGUGCUGCUGAUCUGAAGAUGAACAGCAAUCAAAAGGGAUUACUGCCAGAGCCAAAUCCGGUACAGAUUAUGAAAAGUCUGAACAACCCUGCCAUGUUACAAGUUCUUCUGCAGCCCCAGCUGUGUGGACGAGCAGUUAAGCCAGUUCUCGGAGUCGCACCCAGCUUAUCUCAUCUGCUGAGUCUGUCCUCCCUCCCCUCCGCGCUGCUCCACUUCAGUAAAGCACAACAGAGCUCAGUUAUGGGUAGCACAGCACCCUUUCUCCUUCCGAACCUUUCACCCCUCCCGUUGGUCCAGCAGCAGCUGAUGAAGUUCGACAGUACCCACACUAACAAUAAGCCUGGCUUGCUCGGAGAGCCUCCCACCAUGGUCCUGCAGCCUACGCUGGCGAUUGGACCACCGCUUCCCCUGAAAACGGACCUGGGACACCAUGGAGAAGCGCACAAAACAUCUAAUCUGAUUCCAACUCAGACGACACUAGCAGCCGGGCUGGGCCUCUUACCAUUCUUCCCACACCAGCUCACUGCCGGACAAGCUGGGCCGGGCCGUGGGACGACUCAGGAGAAGCAGUCAGCCUCCGCGGGCAUGACCGAAGCUAGUUUCUCAGGGCCGCAGCAGUAUCUGCAGACCUUCCCAGGCCUUCCUACUGGAGGCCCACUGACAGGCCACCAGAAGACCGAGAGCCAGCCAAAAGGCACAGAGGCUGCCUCUAAGAAUGAGACUUCACUCUUGGGAGAACCACCAAAAGAAAUUCGGCUCAGUAGAAACCCGUAUUUGAAUUUGGCAAGUGUGUUACCCAGUGUGUGCCUAUCCACUGCAAGGAAAGGCACAGCUCAGAAGACUGGAAUUGCAGGCAACGUUCUGGAUGCAAUCUCUCAGGGAAAUGAGUCCCAGCCUGGACUGGAGAAAUGCGUCACCUACUCUCCACCUUUCGAGGAUUAUGCCCAGGUGUCCUCUUUGAGAAACGAGAAGCGAGGCUCCGCCUAUCUAAUCUCUGCCCCAGAAGGGGGCGCAGUAGAGCUCGUCGGCCAGCACCCUCAGGACACGGGAGUGAGCUACACAGAAACCUACUUGAAGAAGAAGCGUGUGUACUGAGCUGCCUGUCUCCUGCCCGCCCGCCUGCUGCGCUCCUCUGCGGGGCCUGCUGCUCAUCGCUGCCUUAACUCCGUUCACACUAGCCAUAGCCUUUCGAUACGGGUUUCUGACUUCCCAGAAGGAACUGUCACGCAGCAGGCCGAUCAGCCAACUACCCAACUAGCAAUAAGAAACGGCAUUGGUUGAGGGCAUCUUCCACAAGCACUAGAUGUGUCUUAAUCUGUGUGAUAACAGCUCAGCUCACUGGAGAAUCAGCAUUCCAAUAGUCCUUGUUUGGGGCCUGGGAACAAUUUUGACAUCAAAGUCUGAAGCAAUAAAUGGGAAACAGUGUUUUGUUUCCUUAGCCUUAGAAUGAAUUUCUUAGAAGCCAACGUGCAUUUAUCUUACUCUCCCUAAGAUUAAUCUCACCCAUAGUCUUUCAGGACCUUUCCUCAAACUGCAAGGUGCCGCCAGACAGACGCUUGUCACGCAGACUCCAUUAGUUCUACACCAGCACAAAAGAGCACCCCAUUGGCAGAGUGAGAGCGAUGUCUCCUCACAAGCUGGACUCAAGCUUGUGUCAUUUACCAUUUAUAACCUUGUGUGGAGCACACAGCACUUCAGGAAAAGUAGCUGGUUACAUCAUACGGGGGUUAGCCAAGUCCACAUGUGUCCACCGUCCAGGUCUGUGAUUACAUUUCUGAAUGCCUGGGGUAGGGGAGAUCUUCCGACCGGAAACUGCAGUUCUAGUGUCCCCGAGAUUUUAUUUGGAACACAGUGACGCUCACUCAUUUCAUAUUACAUUUGUGUCACAUCAGGAACCGAGUAGCCUCGACAGGACCACAGAGCCUGCAAAGCCUGGGACAUUUACACUCCUGUGCUUCCAACAUAAGGUUUGCUGACCUGUCUCCCUAGUGCUUUUAUCUUCUGGUUAGACACUUAACUGAGAGACUUGCACAUGGCAAGGAGCCAAGGCUUCUGUGCUGUUUCAUAGCAUACAGGAGUGAAGCGCUAACCACUAGGCAAGACUGACUUGCAGCACGGUCCACACAGCCAUUUCUGAGGGAGUCUAUGGACCAUGUGUGGGACAGUUCUGAGCUAAUAAAGCUCUACCUCACUCUGGUUUAUUAUUCAUUCUUUGGUAGUUAAGCCGAAAGAUUACAGCUGUUUAAUCCAAGUUACUUCUGAAAGAAUGUUUUGUCUUUAUUAAUGUGACAUUUGACCUCACCAUUUUCUGAAGAUCUUGGUAAUGAAUUAGAGAAACCUUUCCAUCUAGAAGUUUGUUUGUUAAGAGACUGCAGCUGAUGGAGUUGGGAUCUCAAUGAUCCUACUCGAUAGGAUCAGAUCAUUAAAAUACCUUAUUUGGGGGAGACUUAUCAUUUUUGACUAUGAUAUAUAUAGAUCUCUAGCAUUAAUUAUAAAGUCUAAAACUGGUACAUAUGUUGUAUGCUUUAUAAAGAACUUUACUUUGUCUAAUUUAUUGCAUAUACCAGCUUUCAUUGAAAAAUGACAGCUACAGAGUUCAGACAAUCCUAACCACAUUCCCGAUGGCUGACCAGGACGCGGCACACAGCAGAGACGCUGGCUUCACCAGCCUGCACAGCCCCUCCCUCUGUGGCUGUGGCAUUUGGUGUCUUCAGCACUUAGUCAUGGUUGACUUUGUGCAAACAGAACCUAGGGGGACAGCGACUGCUGCACUGGAGCUGUCAGUGAGAAGCAGCAGAGGCCGUACAGACGCUCCGUACAGCACAUGCCGGGCUUCCUCGUCCCGGCCUGUGCCCAGUGUCCCUGGACAGGAGAGACGUGCGAACCAAGCACUGUUAGUCCCAGUCAUUACAGACAACCCCCCAAAUCCCUGCGGUUAUUUUUCUAUGUUAGCUAAUGGUUCGAAAUGCUUUCAAGAUGCAGACUUAAUAUUAAAAGGCAUAUGCAUGUGAA